CUGAACAUAUCCAAGGGCGAGAUAUACGGCUUUCUGGGGCCGAACGGAGCGGGUAAGACGACCCUGGUGCGGAUACUCAUCACGCUGCUGAUGCCGACGGCGGGCAGCGCCACGGUAGCGGGCUUUGAUGUGGUCAGCGAGGCUAACGAGGCGGAUGCUGCGAAGGCGGCGGUCGUCGGCCUGGAGGGCGUGGUGGAUGUGGACUCGUCGGGCGGCGAGGUCAUCAUUCAGGUUGUGAACGGCGCGGCGCAUAUCAGCGAUGUCGCACUGGCGCUGAACGCACGGGAGGUGCAGGUCCGGGAGCUGACGCUGCGGACGCCCACGCUGGACGAUGUGUUCCUGAGUGUUGUGGGCGCGCGUAUGGAGCAGGAGGCGGAGAUGUCGCUGAGCGCAUUCCCAGGUCUCGACUACAAGGCGUUUCAACUGCCUGUGGGCAUCAUAUUUGCCGUAACGGGAGUUUCGCGCGCCGUGACGAUGGUGACCGAUAUACAGACGGGCUACUUUGACCGCCUAUCUCUGACGCCGGUGAAUCGCCUUUCGCUGCUGCUUGGCUUUACGGUUGCUGACUUCGUGCUGGUAGUGGUGCUGACGAUACCCGUCGUGGUGCUGGGCUUCAUCGUGGGCGUCAGGUUCGAGUCGGGCAUCAUCGGGCUGCUGUUGUUCGUACUUAUGUCGGGGCUGUGGGGGCUGGCGUACACGGGCUUUCCUUAUGCCAUUGCGUUCAAGACGGGCAAUCCAGCAGCGGUCAAUUCGAGCUUUCUGCUGUUCUUCCCGUUCGUGUUCCUGACGACGGUGUUCGUGCCGCGCGAGGCGAUGACAGGCUGGAUGGCGACAAUCACGAUAUACAAUCCCGUAACAUAUUUGCUGGAUGCGCUGCGCUCACUAAUCAGCGUGGGCUGGGACUUUGAGGCGCUCAUCAAGGGCGUCGCCGCAAUCGCACUGGUGGGGGCGGUGAGCGGCGCUCUUGCGCUGACUGCGCUGCGGGGCAGGACGCGGCGGAAGUAA